AUGCCUCGGGAGAUCAUCACCCUGCAGCUGGGCCAGUGCGGCAACCAGAUUGGGUUCGAGUUCUGGAAACAGCUGUGCGCCGAGCAUGGUAUCAGCCCCGAGGGCAUCGUGGAGGAAUUCGCCACCGAGGGCACUGACCGCAAAGACGUCUUUUUCUACCAGGCAGACGAUGAGCACUACAUCCCCCGGGCUGUGCUGCUGGAUCUGGAGCCCCGGGUGAUCCACUCCAUCCUCAACUCCCCCUAUGCCAAGCUCUACAACCCAGAGAACAUCUACCUGUCGGAGCAUGGAGGAGGAGCGGGCAACAACUGGGCCAGUGGAUUCUCCCAGGGUGAGAAAAUCCACGAAGACAUCUUUGACAUCAUAGACAGAGAAGCAGAUGGAAGUGACAGUCUAGAGGGUUUUGUGCUGUGUCAUUCCAUUGCUGGGGGGACAGGUUCUGGCGUGGGCUCCUACCUUCUAGAGAGACUGAAUGACAGGUACCCCAAGAAGCUGGUGCAGACAUACUCAGUGUUCCCCUACCAGGAUGAGAUGAGUGACGUGGUGGUCCAGCCCUACAACUCUCUCCUCACACUCAAGAGGCUAACCCAGAAUGUAGACUGUGUGGUGGUGCUGGACAACACAGCCCUGAACCGGAUCGCCACAGACCGCCUACACAUCCAGAACCCGUCCUUCUCCCAGAUCAAUCAGCUGUUGGCCAACUUCAUCCCCUGGGGCCCAGCCAGCAUCCAGGUGGCCCUGUCAAGGAAGUCUCCCUACCUGCCCUCAGCGCAUCGAGUCAGUGGGCUCAUGAUGGCCAACCACACUAGUAUCUCCUCGCUCUUUGAACGUUCCUGCCAGCAGUUUGACAAGCUGAGGAAGCGGGAUGCCUUCCUAGAGCAGUUUCGCAAGGAGGACAUAUUCAAGGACAACUUUGAUGAGAUGGACAGGUCCAGAGAAGUUGUACAGGAGCUCAUAGAUGAAUACCAUGCUGCCACACAGCCAGACUACAUCUCCUGGGGCACCCAGGAGCAGUGA